AUGGCGAUGGAAUACAGGAAAGUGUACAAACACAUUGCACCAGAAGUCCUGAAGGGAUCUCGUGUUACAACUGCCAGUGAUAUGUAUAUUCACUCGGGAGAUUCCGUAAGGUAAUUGGGCAGCACAAUCCUAUUACAAUUAGGAAAUGCAGCUACUGAUAUUAACCCUAUUUGUCCCGGGUUUUUUUCAUGUUGAUAUGACCGGGGGUGCGCUGAUAGGGCGCACCCCUCAGAAAUUCUGUCGAUUAACUGCUAUUAUCCUAUAAGUCUUAUUUUUAGUAAGUUUUAUCUUUCUUUUAACCUAAAAAUAACAAAAAAGUUAAAUUCACAUCCAAAAUGCUGUUUUUUGGCCCCAAUGAAUAUGACCGCCUAUCCGAAAAUGGCGAAUAUAGCUAAUAUUUUACCCAUUUUGGUUCUAUUUUGUAAAGAGAUAACAAAACAUUUUGGAUGUGAUAUUUUUGGGGUCUUUUACAUUCAAAAGACAUACUUUUAUGUUAUAGCAUAUCUCAGAUGUCCAUAAACAGCACUAUUUUACUUUCCAAGUUGACAUUUCUGUGCCAUAUGGAAAGACAUACAACUGAAGUUUCAACAUCACUGAUUUUACCUUCAUAUCUUUGUGACAGUGUCAUUGUUGUAUAAAUAAUGUUCCAUUAUUCUCAUAGUAUGCACAAUUGUGCAUUCUGUUGAAACUCUAGCACUUUUUUUUGGCAUAACUUCUGCAGUGUAAACAUAAAAUGUCGACAACAAAAGUUUGUAGAAAAAAUAUGAAGUGGCAGCCAUGUUUUAUACCAAUAUACUAUGUGUUACAUGAAGUGUAAGGCAGGUAAGCUGCGAGAUACGAGCCUGCAGUAUAGUUUUGAAAACACAAUAUUUACUUUGAAAAUAUGGCAAUCAUUCUGGAUUGUAUGCAAAAGUUUUACUCUCAUUUGGAACUGAAUUUCUGGUACGAAAGUGUUCAAUAUAUAAUGCAUCCUACAAGUUUGAUUCCUGCUGAAAGGCAGGGAGAUGUUAUGCCUUGAAGGUACAAAGAAAUAUGUAUGUGUAUUUGAAUAUAUAAAAAUAUUAUAAAUAAGUAUUUUAUAUUAUAUAAUUAUAAGUAUUGUAUAGUAUGCUAUAUUAUAUGUUAUACUAUAUUUUACUAUUUUAUAUAAUAUAUUAUGGAUAUUUUACUUUGCAAAUCAUGUGUAAUAAUCCAUAUUUAUAUGUUCUCUUAUUAUAUUAUGUUAUUUAUGACCUGGGAAGUGAUUGAAGCCAAAAAAUACUGUCCAACCCACAUUUACCCAUUUUUGGCCCCGACACCUUCUUUGACAAAUGUCGCCAAACGUCCGGAUAACUUUGAAUUUUCAGAAAAUUUUUUUCGCAGUCAUGACGGCAGAGGGAAAAUAUUAAAAGUCAUGAAAGUACAGGCAAAUCGGAUCGUUUGUUCAGGAAUGACGGAUAAAUAUUUAUAGGGAUGCGCUCAUUGUGCGCACCCCCGGUACAAAUAGGGUUAACCCCACAAAAAAGCCCACCCUUUUGAAAAUAUUGACCAUGUUGAAUGCAGAGAAUAUCCACAGCUGAGAUGCAUUAAAGAGGCUGUACAAAAUGAAGUAUAAAUCAAAAGUUAAGUUGGAUAAAGUAAACAAGAUUGAUAACCAGGAUAAUAUUUAAUUCAUUAGGUUUCAAUGUGCUCUACUUUGUUAUUUUACUCUGUCUAAUGCUAGCUAGAUGAUUUUAGUGUUCAAAGGGAAAGUGUGGGGCAUUAAUGGCAUAACUUGGCAAUAGGUUGUGGCAAGGAAUUAAUGAGUAACUUUUUUAAAUAAUAUGAACAACUUAAUAACAUCUAAUAACUUGUAUAAAUUAUGUGAAACACAGUCCUAGUGAAAACUCUUGUGCUCGUCUUUCGGCAGCCGAUUGUCAAGAUAUUGUGUCUUUCGGCAACCAGUUGGAUCUUGACUGUGUUUUUAUUGGUCCAGUAUUUUCUAAAUAUAUACGGUAGCUAACAUACAAGGAAUUAAUAAUACCUUGUUUAAAUAAUAUAAAUAUAAAUAACUUAAUAAAAUCUAAUAGCUUGUAUAAACUAUGUGAAACACAGCCAUAGUGGAAACUCUUGUGCUGUCAAGAUGAAUCGUCUUUCGGCAGCAGGUUGUCAAGAUAUUGUGUCUUUCGGCAACCAGUUGAAUCUUAACUGUGUUUUUAUUGGGUGUUUUCUAAAGAUAUACUGUAGCUAACAUGCAAGGAAUUAAUGAGUAUUGAAUACACCUUGUUUAAAUAAUAUAAAUAACUUAAUAAAAUCAAACAGCUUGUAUAAACUAUGUGAAACACAGCCAUAGUGAAAACUCUUGUGCUGUCAAGAUGAAUUGUCUUUCGGCAGCAGGUUGUCAAGAUAUUGUGUCUUUCGGCAGCCAGUUCAAUCUUAACUGUGUUUUAACUAAUAUAGAGUUAUAUAGAUAAAUUAUUAAUAAAUUUACUAUUAUUAAAAUGCAGUAUAAUCACAUAGCAUUAAAAUUGAAUACAACACUAUUAACAUUAUCAAAUCAAUAAUAAUACAGUAUAUAAAGUUAUCAAAAGUUCACUGCACUGGCCAAAAAUUAAUAUCAUGAAUGGCCCAGCUAGAUGGCAAAGCUAGUUUAACCCAUUAAGCUGCACAGCUUCCCCAUUGACAAGUAAAAUCGUCAUGCGUUAGACAAGUAAAAAAAAUAAGUAGGGCACAGAGGGGCGCAUUGCGGCUCAAUGGAUUAACUAGCUCUAGAAGUAGAACUGAAGUACGGCAGUUUACAUUGUCAGAAUUUUUGGUUAACCCAUUAAGCUGGGCGCACUGGAGCAUAUUGCGGCUCAAUGGGUUAAAUACGGAUAUACACAGUAUAUAUUGAAUAGCUAUACAGAUCUAAUGGAACAUGAAAUAGGUUUGAAUAGUACUGAAAUGUAAGUAGGCUCUCGCGAUUCUUAGGACCUUGAAGUCCUACAUAUUUUAAUAAAGAGCACCACAAUGAGUGAAUACACCAUAAGAUGUAAAUAUUUGUAUCAUAUGAAAUUGAUUCUUCAAUUAAAUGUAUUAAAACAAGUUGAGACAAGGCCAUAACAAGCGUUCUUGUCUCCACAGUCUUGUGUUUGGUUCUUGGUAAAAAUUAUAGAAUGUAUUGCAAUGGAUUUUAGAACCUGGCUUGCUGCCACUAUUAAAUUUGUAUGUUUAUAUGGAAUGUGUCAGGACAUCUGGUUGGCUCACAUUAAAGUGCAACUCUCAGAAGGUAAGAUAUAUGAUUUACUCCCAGAAUUUUGUGAGUAAAUCUGUUUACUAGCGACCAGGGAAUAUGGGCUAUGGCCAUUGUUAGAAUUAGUAUAAACACAAGCUAGAAUCCUUCCUAAUACUGGCUUUCAAUGACAGUAUUAUAGAAUUUUAUAUAAUGCCUAUAAAAUAUAAUAUAAAACAAAGCUCAACUACAAAGCCUUAAAGGUUACACUAGGAGAACAGUACCAAUAAAUAGAGUACAAACCUUUGAACAAACUAUAACCACGAUCGGUAUUAAUACAGAAACAGUUUCUUGCCAAAAUCUUCGAUCUAUCAUAAACACCACGCUCAUCGACGCCAUGUUCGAAAAAAAAGACGGAAAUUGUACGCCUAAAUUCGCUACUUUCCCAAAAGGCACUGGAAACUAUUAACUUUUUGACCCAGUCAUUAACUCACCUGAGUUGCAUAACUACAUGUAUUUUAAUAUUGAUUUGAUUAUUACAUUCGUAACAGCCUGUUGUAAUUACUUUGUUGUUAUAUAUUUUUUGCGUUGGAAUUUCCGUAAAAUAUAUCGCGGGUAAGGCAUCAGGACUAGCUCUGUGCAUUUCUUAUAUUAUUAUGUUGCAUUCAUACUGUUUUCAUCCAGAAAUCAACACCACCGUAAUGGUAUUUUACUACGGGGAGAAAAACCCAGCACAAUUCUCUAUGACCUUGGAUUUACUAACUAAAAUGAAAUUACAAUGCAUUUUCGGAAUGCAUUUUCGGCAAGCGGCUGAAACUCCAGCUGGAAUAUACCGUGUACUAAGUCUAUGAAUUGUGUCUCCGAAAUAACGAAUUAUGUUAGGGCAAAGAAACAGUCCGCAUUUUAUCCUUUUUGUCUGCAUCCGAAUUUUAUCCUUUCGUCCGUCCGUCCGUCCGUCCGUCCGUCCGCAUAUCCGUCCAUGUGUCCGUCCGCGUGUCCGUCCGCAUGUCCGUCCGCAUGUCCGUCCGCAUGUCCGUCCGCAUGUCCGUCCGCAUGUUCGUCCGCAUGUCCGUCCGCGUGUCCGUCCGCAUGUCCUUCCGCGUGUCCGUCCGCAUGUCCAUCCGCAUGUCCGUCCGCAUCCGCGUUUUAUCCCAGCCACUGAUCUAAUAGUAGACCAGUGAUCGCAACCCAUCAAAUUGAUCACUCUCGGCAGCCAGCCGCCGUGAAUUGUGAUUGGCUGAAUUUACGUUGAUGACAGGUUGUAGGUGUAGAUAAAACUUUAUUUAAACACGCUAUAACCCCUUCAGCAUUUGCUGAUUUCCAAGAGGAGCGUGAUGAUAAAAUAUAUACAAUAGUUACACUUACAUAUUAAAUUUUACAAUUAGUUAAAUCAUGGUUAAAUAAAGAUAUAAUGAUAGAUUUAAGACUGCAGGCUAGUAUCAGAAAUCAACGAAUUGAAUAGAUUUAAUUAAUUUGCGCUUCUUAACUCGCAAGGUAAGCUGUUCCAGAGUUUUGCUCCACUAUACCGGAUGCUAUUUUUUAAGUAUUCUGUUUUUGAUUUUGGUAAGUAAAACUUGAAAUCAUGGUCUCUUAAAUUGUAAUUAUGUUGAGGAGCAGAUGAGUCUUCAAAGAUAUCGGUUAAAACAGGUGGUGCUUGCGCAUGAGCAAUUUUGUACAUAAACUUGCCCCUAAAGAUUAAUCUGCGUUCUUUUAACGUUUUCAAUUUCAAUUCAGGCAAAGCGGCUUCAGACUGACCAUGUUCAUUUCUAUAUCCUAGGUUGACCCUUGCUGCCCUAUUUUGGAGUACUUGUAAUCGAUGUAAGCGUGGAACCAAUUGGAUCCCACACAAGACAGCAAUAGUCAAAAUACGGUUGAACCAGAGCUUAAUAAACGGAUAGGAGAGUGAGACGGUUAAAAUAUGGCCUUAGUCGUUUUAUAGCCCCAAUUCCAGCUGCUACCUUUUUACAUAAUUCAUCUAAAUGACUAUCAAAUCUAAAUGACAUCAAUCAAAUCAAAUCUAAAUGACAUUGUCAUGUUACGCUAAUUUAUUCAAAAAUUUUAAAAAAAUACAGUAAAAACAAACGGCAUCGCUAGGUCGGCACUAGACCAUAGACAAGAUACGUACAAAUCUGACACUGCAAUACAUACGAGUCAGCGGUAUUCUAUCUUUAAAAUUCAAAUAUAUUAGUGCGCAAAAUUGGAAAAAAACGCGCGAAACCAAAGCAAUAUGGCUUCCAUCGAAGAGUGACCGGGUGCUUGUUUGCGCUUCAGAAGCAAAAAUGCUUGAGAAAUUUGAAGAGUACAAAAUAUGGAUAAGUAGUGGUUGGAGAUGUAUCAAAUCAAAUGCACUUUUUGGUAAGUGAACUAAUUUCAAUAUGUAAAUUUGCCUUAUAAAUAUUCAUACGAAAUAUGCACCGUGUGUGCAAUAUUUUAAUAUGAAAGAUCCAAAUUAUGCAUACAUAAAUCCUUUAUUGAUUGACUGCAGUACUACACUCAUAUAAAAAUAUAGUAUGUCUUUAUAAAGGUCGAAAGAUGCAUGUGCUUUAGAAUUAUAUAGUAAAUGUUACUGGAUAAAACCUUUCAUAGGGGACUACUCAUUAAUAAUGGGAGGUAGGGGCCAGUGGGUGAUAUAUACCAAAUAUUGAACAUUUUUUAGAGCCGCCCCAAUCACAAGACCUUUAUUUUCAAGAUGCCCCCACCUUCAUUUAGAAAUUUAGCACCCCCUCCAACAUUGUUACUUAGUUGGUGUAAAAUAGGUAAUGGUAAAAAUAGUUCAAGCCUCCCUUUUCUCAUCCACCUCCCCCCUCAGUGGUGUAAAGCUCACUAGGUAGGGUGAGUUCAAAAACUAAGUGCCCCAGACAGUUAAGGGCCCCCAUCAGCCAUGGCCUAUUGCCCAGAAAAUUAGAAAACGUAAAAAAAUGCAGGUUAAGAAUCGAUUGAAAAAUACAAAAUUAAUAAUGCUAAAUAAUAAACCCUCUAUCGACGAUGGUAUUCCAUCUCAAAUACAACAAAAGUUAUUCUUAAAAGUUCAUUGUUACUUGUGUUGGAGACGGUUAUUAUCAUUGUUAUAGACAUAGAAUUUUCCAUUCUACUGAUAAAUAUUCAAUAUAAAUAUAAGAUCUCACAUUCAAUAUAAAUAUAAGAUCUCCCUCUCUUCCUCUAUUAUGCCACUGGCCCCCGUCCCUGUCUUCCAUUUUUAUUGACCGGGAGUCUCUAAUCAUUCAUUAUAUACAUUUCAUACAAUUUCAUAUUAUUUAAUAUAUACAUCACUGGCCUUUCAAGAUAUCAAUAAAACACUAUAGUAUAUGAAGUUAAGAUGUAUCAUCUUAGGCCCUGUUCAUAUGAGCCAGGCUAUCCUGCCUUGCCAGAAUAGAAAUUGUUAUCAUAUGAGUCAAGAUAUUGGUUAACCAAGACUCUGAAGAUAAUUAUGCCUGGCUAACUAGGCCAGCUUUAGUCAUCUAAUGUUCAUUUCAUGUACUAUAUAUGCAUAAUCACGCAUAAUCUGCUAUAUAUAUAGCACAACAUAUUUCAACUUUUAAUAUUUUCAUACAUUUAAUAAUAUUAACAACAUGUGAAAAACAGUUGACUAGGAUGUCAAAGGUUAGGUGGAUGGAUUCCUUGGAGGCACCAAACCCAAUAAUUAUCAACCCAACAAUUUCUAACAAUUAUUUUAUUAAUAAUAAUUAUUUUAUUAACAUAUUGAUUCCCUUCAUUGCUGAAAUCUAGCAAUGAUCAUGUGGCAGUCCCACUUUAUGCUUUGUUGCAGGCAAAUAAGCAUCCGCCUAGCCUUUGACACCCUAGUCUGUUUUUAAUAUUGUUAAUAUAAACUCAUUAACUGACAAUGUGAAUGUGCCCAAAUGUGCCUUACUUAGUAUUUACACUGUCUAACGCCAGACGAUUAAUUACUUGUCAGUGGUAGAGUGCUACCAGUAAAUGGGUUAAAGUGAAUGUUAAAUAUGAAUUAAGUUGAAAUUGGUUGUAAUAACCAACUGAUUCAUUAACCUAUUAAGUUGCAAGACUCCCCUUGAUGAGCAAAAUCAUCUAGCGAUAGAAAGAGUAAAGAUUUAUUAUGUUAUCUGCCGCUGUUGCAAGAUCCUUAUCCUUGAACAUUUUACUAAAAAUUUACUGUGUUAUCUGCCGCUGUUGGAAGAUCCUUUUCCUUGAACAUUUUACUAAAGAUUUGCUGUGUUAUCUGCUGCUGUUGGAAGAUCCUUUUCCUUGAACAUUUUACUAAAAAUUUUCUGUGUUAUUGUACAUAAUUUCUAUAAGGGAAAAUAUAAGAAAAAUUCAAAUGUUGUAUUUCCAAAAAUAUGCACUCAGACUUUGAAAUUUUAAAUUUGUGUACCCAGGGGGAGGGACAGCUUAACCAAUUAAGGCAUGAAAAUGUUGGAUGGUUUGGGCGGGGGGCAACAUUUUCUGAGGGGGGGGGGGGGUUCCCCGGCUCUGGCUAGGUUACUGUACAGUAUUCCCUAAAGCAAUAUUAUUAAUAUUUCUAACUAAUAAUUAUUACUAAUUAUUAGUAAAUAUUUCUUAUUUAUGUUGCUCUAAUAGUCAAUUCGACAAGCCGGACUGCAAGAUUCAAAUGUUAAUUAGUAAUGGCCAAUUGCAUCAGACAGAUUAAAAGAGUGACUAACAGACUAAACAGUGAUGCGACCAUAGUUGGGUGAAUCAUAGCUGAAUCAUGUGGCACUUUAGCACUUGGUGGUCAACUCCAAAACUAGGAAACGCAACUAUUGGGUUGAGUUCAUUAUUCAUUAUAUUAAUCCACCUUGUAUUCAAUAGCAAAUACAGAACAUUUAACAAAAUUUGCUCCCUUACACAAGGCAUAUAAAGCGACAAACAUGCAAAGUUAACCACCAUGUGUUUUCCUAUGAAUAUGUCACCAAUAUUAUUAAAUACUAUGCCCCAUGUGGGCUAUAUUUUUCCCUUGUAAAAUAAAAACACGUUGGCUACGGUAUAUAUAAUGUUUAUGAGUUAAAAUGAUUUUUAAAUUAACCCCAAAUAGGUAAUAAAAGUAAAUAUAUAUUUCGCUUUGCACAUACCUAUUUAUCUAUAUUAUAGUUUCUUGUUUACCUUAAUACCAUCUUUAAAUCUCCAUUUGUAAUUUGUUUAUUUGUAUUAAAUGCAUGCAUCAUUUGUAAUGAUGUUUUUAUUGCGUUUAUAUAAAGUUCACUACACUUGAAAUACCGCUGACUUGUAUGUAUUGCAGUUUCACGUAUCGUUUUAUUGCACACAAGUGUCAUGCAUGAGUCCAUAGCGAGAAUCGAACCCAAGAUCUUAGAGGUGAAUCGAACCCACGAUCAAUGCGGCUGAUUAUUAUUCAAGCUAUUUAUUCUCAACGCGCCGUUUGAUUAAAAACUGUUGAAAUAUAUUGCGAUCUUUGCCGUGAAGAUCUCGUUUUCUCAAAGGUAUGUUUUGAUAACCUUUUUGUUUAGUAAUUUAAUAAAAUAAUUUUUGAAUAAUUUUAUAUAUUUAUCGCAUUUUACUUAUGUUAAAUUCCCAUUGUAUUUAUGCAUGUUUUGGGUGUUGGAAAAGUGGCAUUGAAAUAUUCUGGAGUAAAUUGUACUUUUUUACAAGGAAACUAAAAUAAAAUUACAUCAGUGAAUUUAGGAAUGUUUACUCUUUAUAUUGAUACCUUAAAACAUGAAUUUACUCCAUAAAACCGAGGAGUUGUCGCGGUUUCAAAAUGAGUUAUUUUUGCUAUUAUCGAUAAUUAGCAAAAAUAGCUCAUUUUCAAACCGCGAUAACUCGUUCGAAGUCAAUGAAAUGGAACCUCGUACGCAGUGGUUUUAUCGGUUGCAGAACUGGUAUUAUAAAGUGGUCAAAGCAUGGAAUAAUCAACCUUUUGACCCCAGGACAUGAUCCUCCCGUAGAUAUAACGAUUUACGUGGAUAUUUGUCGAAAUCCUGGCCCUGUACACUCGGGUUUGGAGUCGAAUAUAUCUCAAGGUCAAAGUCAAAAUUGCGGAACAUUUAUACAAACUGCAGUUGUUGACAAAAUAACCUACAAUCGAAGCAAGUUACUUGAUAUCCGCCGUCAGUGUAUUACACGAGCCAACCACCAUUUAUUAUCAACACUUAAAGAUCUGGGUUUGCUACGUUAUAGAGGUUCGCGUGGUGGUAAACGUAAAAUCUCUGUCAUUAUUUCCCCUCGAGGCAGAGAAAGCCGCUCUGCCUGGGGUCAUACAACCGGAACGGUGAAUUGGAAUAAUUUGGUAUCAAUCAAAUGUCAUCCGGAAAACAGUAAUAAGACUUCUUCUCACUUACCUCAUGUCCUACUUAGUAAUAUAAGACCAUUAGUACCCAAGUUUGACGAAUUGUCUACUUUUUUAAUGUUAAACAAAGCCGACAUUGUUGCCAUUUCCGAAUCUUGGUUGAAUGAACAAAUAGAUUCGUUAUUUGUCACUAUCACCGGGUAUGAUUUAUAUUGUCUGAAUAGAUUGAGCGGUCGUGUAGGCGGUGUUUGUGCCUUUGUUUCUGAAAACAUACCAUGCAAACGGUUACUUGAUCUAGAAAACGCAAAUUAUGAAUGUAUGUGGUUAUGGUUGCGACAUUAUCGUCUGCCAAGGCCCCUCUGUGGUAUACUCAUUGCUGUUCUAUAUUGUCCUCCUGAAACAUGUGCCGAUAAACAGCGAGAAUUUGUUCAUUAUUUAAGUGAAACUAUUGAUAGUGUCCCAGAUUGUGGAAUAAUUGUGCUGGGCGACUAUAAUAACCUGGAU